AUGGCCCGUCUUACCGUGGAUCAACGUGCUAGACUAGCUCUAACUAAUUUAAGAAGUAUGAUGAUGAUUCCUUCUGUGAAGAUGCGUACAAUAUUGAUCAGGUUCAUGCUUGAUGUUUUUGACCCUGCCACUGGUACAUUCGAAAUAGGAGAGAACAAUGGCGUGGUGUCUCUUGGUUUUGUUGAUGUUGAGUGUCUCCUUGGUCUGGUUAAUGAAGGAUUUUCUGCUGGGAAAUACUUACCGAGGAAGUACUUGUACUGGGAAAAAUGUCAGCCGCUAGAAGGCGACUGUGCAUUUAAUCCUAAACUGUCCAUGCGCCCUCUAAUGAGGAACUGGAAUGAAGCAGCUGCCACGCGGAGAGACAAUUUUGACUAUGAGAAUGGUCGAGGUCGUGGUAACGUGAAGAUUGAUGAAAAUAUCACUGAAGAGUAUCGGAUGAUGGAGCCAGUUGUGCCAGAUCCUGUGGCUGCUCAUCAGAAUAACGCCAAGCCCGCGAGUGCUGUUCCAAAAAAGAAACAGGCUCCAAAACCCAUUGAUAACGGUCAGACGGAAAUUCUGAUAAAUCGUUUAACGGGUUACCUAGAUGCACAAUUGCAGAAGAUGUUGGCUACCAUCCCUGCCUUAUGUGCUCAGAGAACAUUGGAGAUAUUUAAUAAGGAAGGCGUGACUUACAAACCAGCAGCCGCACCGGUUUCCGGUAACAUGGAGGACCAGGAAGAUGUCAACUCUUUCCGGAACGGCCCUCGUGAUAAAAAAGAGUUCAUGUACAAGGAAGAGAGCGAUUCAGCAGGAGGUGGAGAUUCUAUUCGUAUCAUUGACAUGAACCUGGCUGAUGAAGUUGAUAAAUUGGAAAAAAAAUUAAAGGAGCCUGCUAAGAAUGGUACUACCAAGAAUGCAAAUGAUGCUAUGCGCACACCUGACAAGGCUGGUGGACUGAAUGGUACUCCAGCAGGAAAGCCAUUUGGCGAUGUUGAUAGCACACCGGAUAAUCCGUUCAUCAUUGAAAAUGCUGAUCCGGUGACAUCAGAUUCAGAAAUUGAUCUCGACGCAGUAAGUAUUAGCAAGUUCUUAUCUAAAUCAAAGGAAGAUGAGUUGGCUGGGAAGAGGAAGCGAACAAUUCCCAAAAAAUUUCAAUCUCCCUAUGCUCUAGACAGACGCACCAAGCGUCAAGUCCGUGGUUCAUCCACAAAAGCUCUGAAUUUCGAUGAUAAAUCUGGAGCAGAUAAAAAUGCAAAACCGGAUGCAUCAUGCGAUUUGACGGCUGAACUUGUAGACGCAGCUAUAGUCUUCCUCGAGCUUGCAUCUCGCUCAGACCAGCACAAAAAAAAGAAUGUUUACCGGAGUGCCAGGGGCGAUGAAGUUAACGCUGAGCGGCUACGUGUUGUUCUCGACGAAAAAUGGUUGUCCGAUGAUGUCAUUGAUGGUUACAUUGGGCAUUUGAACCUCCGUGUUGGGGAUGAUCGCUUCUUGUGUCCAGCAUGGAGAUCAAAAUAUCUAGUAGACCGGGCAAUUGCCGGAGACAAACCCAAAGAAUCCAGCAAGAACAUGGAUAGCGCGAUGGUAAGAUCUGGCGCGGUUGGUAGAGUGUUGACGGAAUACACCGUCCGUGACAAGGUUUAUUUUCCACUCAACAUUGGCAAUACACACUGGACGACCGUUGUCAUGCACACACCGAAGCAAGAAUUCCAAGUUCUCGACUCGCUUUAUCCUCUAGAGUUUACGUUGGAGACUGUUGAGGCACUUCGGCGCCAAAUUGCAGAUGAUAUGCAAGUGGCCAACGAAAUCACGAGUGGAAAUCAUCCCGACGUUUCAAAGUGGCCGAUAUUAGAGUACGACAUGCCGCAGCAACAUGACGGGAACUCUUGUGGAUUGUUUGUGAUGGAAUGCAUGGAGCAUUGGGAUGGGGACCGGAUGACUGCAGAGAUUUCACAGGUGUAG